CGUGGUUUAAGGACACGUCCAAGAAAGGCAAUUGAAGAAAAAUGUAAGUAGGUCGGGGGCAGCUAUCCUUCGCUGAGGCUCGCGCCAUGUCAAGACCUAUCGCCGUACAUCGCUGUAGGUUCGUUGACUAUUCGCCCUCCCCGAUCACGGCUCUCGCGUUUCCCCCGCUACCAUUACCAUCUCUAAAGGGGAAGAAACGGGAAAGGGAUCCAAAAGAUAGGUUUGGCACACUUGGUGUAGGCCAUGCUAAUGGCAACAUCGACCUUCUCGAAUGGACUGCCGAGGAGGGAGAGAUUCAGGCAUCUCAAGCUUGGCAAGUGCGCAAGAUUCUUCCAGGUCCAUGCCCGUCAAAAGUAGAUUCACUAGCUUUUACUCUACGCUAUCCGGAUAUAUUACCACCGGACACCGUGCCUUCGUGCUCUGAUCUCCGUCUUUUUAGCUCGGGGGGCGGGUCUGAAUUGUUGGAAUGGGACAUAUCUCGCAGCUGCGUUCGGGCUGCUAUCUGGAGCAUUGCAGCUAAUCCUUCCUCGACACUACUUGCUCUGGGUUGCGAAGACGGGUCUGUUCGUCUGCUAUCCUUAGUCGCGGAUACUCUGCAGCAUCACAGGCGAUUCGAUCGCAUAAAAAGUCGCAUACUGAGCAUCGCUUGGGGCCCACCAACACCUCGACCGCCGAAACAGCGGACGGCGAAGAAGACAGAUAAUGGGACAGAUGGCUCGGAUAGCAGCUUGCGGAAAUGGGAUGUCGCUACUGGCAGAUCGACCGACCGUAUGGGUACAGACAAGAUGAAAGGUGAACGGACGCUGGUCUGGACAGUCGGCGUGCUUGCCGACGGUACUAUUGUAUCUGGGGAUUCUUUAGGCGCAGUGAAGUUCUGGGAUUCCCUGACCUGCACGCAAACCUGCAGCUUUCCGGCGCACGGAGCUGACGUGCUUUGCCUUGUAAUUGGACCCGAAGGCACUUCUGUAUUCAGCUCUGGCGUCGACCAAAAAAUUGUGCAAUUCUCAUAUGUUCCCACCGCUUCGGAAACAUCAUCUUCCCUGUCGAGUUCUGCCCCAGCGCGAUGGAUUCAGUCUGGCUCACGUCGUGUACACUCACACGACGUCCGGUGUCUUGCAGUCUGGCCACCCUACUCUCCCAUACCCUCCUCUUACAAGCGAAAGCCCUCUGCAAAUACGACAUACAUCGCACCAGUCCUGGCCUCUGGAGGACUGGACAUGUCUAUCGCCCUCACUCCUGCGCUGCCAGCCAGCAUGACUUCAUCUUCCAUUGCCCCUCGCGUCGUCAACCCCCUCACAACAAGAGUCACGACAACUUUCGAGGAUUCCUAUUAUCGUCGCAUCGCGUACACCGCAUCAACAUGUAUUUCUCGCAGAGCUCGCCUUGUGGCAAGCAUGCAUGAGACAGGUGUCAAUAUAUGGCGAGUUCUGGGCAUUCCAGACUCGGAUGUGAUCGUGGACGGCGUUGAUCCAUCGACUGACCCUGAGACACGGACAGCUUGGGAGAAAGUACUCGAGAUGGAUCUCAACGUGCGCACGAACCUCAUCGCCAGCGCAUUAUCGGAUGAUGGACGUUGGGUUGUUGUGUCUGACCUGUACGAGGCUAAGCUUUUCGAGCUCGAAUUCAACCCUGCUGGCCACAUGAAACCGAGACGAGUGCGGACAUUCGCAUCAAUGUUGGAGAAUCGAAUCUCUGCCCAAAGCUCCCAGAAUCCUGUCUCAGCCGGUGGAUCAUCGUUUACAUUCACCCCGGACUCCUCGAAGUUGAUCAUGGCCUCUGCGAUGACGUCGCUCAUCCUCAUUAUCGAUCUAAGCUCGGAAGCACCCACCAUACUUCGGACGUUCAAUCAACAUUGCAAUGCUGGGUCGAUAACAAGCGGCAGGGUUGUCCACGGAAUCAACAAAUGGACCUCAGAGGAGGAUGAACAGUCGGUUGGUGGUAUAGAUCACAUCACUAUCAUGAAAAUGACAGUGAGUCCCGACGGCCAGUGGUUGGCCACGUCCGAUGACCUCUGCCGAAUAUUCAUCUUCAAUCUCGAUUCCAUACAACAUCACACUACUUUACCCUCCCUUCCUCUCCCACCAAGUGUCCUGGUUUUCCUCCCCGACAACCCGCAAAUCCUCCUCGCCGUUCUUCCUAACAACACAAUCCACAUCUUCCACGUAGAACACGGUGAAGUGCCAUCAUGGGGACGGGAGUUUAACUCUCGUCUUCCAAAGCAGUUCCUCAGCGCCCCAGACCCAGUUAUCGGGGUCGCAUUUGAGCCCCUUCCUACUCCCUCAGACGACGAAAUGACGGGUAUUGCACCUCCCAUGACCUCAACGAAACCCAAAGAGGCUAUCUUCUGGGGCAAACUGGCACUGGUGGCAGUAGGAGAGAUGGCCAGUGAAAGGAAGUUGCGGAUGGUAACGAAUUAUCGUCCCAUCUUGGCACUCGAUUUCCUUGGGCCAGGGGAGCUGGUGUUAGUGGAACGACCACUGGUAGACGUGUUAUCAAAACUGCCCCCUGCAUUCUUCAAGCCGAAGUAUGGGCAGACUUAAAAUCUAGUAGCAUCCUGGCGAUGUACCCCAAAAUUUACCCUAUGCAGAAU